AUGUUUUACACCGGAGUUCAAAGACAGAGAGACGUUAGACAGGAAACAAUAUUGAUGUUUGACAGUUACAUGUGUGACAGGAGACAGAGAACAGGGAAGAGCAUACAACUGAAACCUAGGCGGUUCAUGACAGUUUUAUUCUCGAAGUUGCUUUUGCAUAUCCAAAGCAAAUUCUGGUUGACAGAAGAACAGGUGUGUGCCACAAGGAGACGGGACGAGUUCGCAAGACGUAGCCGUGGCGAACUGGUUUUGACGCAGAAGCUCGGUCUUUGGGUAGGGACAGUAGUCUUAAAACUAGUGCCAUUCGAGAAAAGUUUCAAAAAAUCCCACACUUUUGAGGAUGAAGCAGGAGCGUUUCCUCUAGCUCUAGCAAGGGAUUUAGUCUUUGUCAUUAUCGUUGAGAAUGUCGUAAAGUAUAUCAAAGGAAUCAUCACACUACAUAAUAAUGAAUGA